UAAAAAACGCAUGCCCGGAUGUUUCUUUAGUUUAAUUCACUGUCAGUAGAGUGUGUAUGUGUAUCAAAAUUCUUUUCUAUAACACGCUGUAAUAGACAUGGCGCCUCCAACUGUGAAAGCGGCAGCCAAACCAGCAGCGGCUCCAGCUGCAGGAGCCAAAAAAUCCCCUGCGAAAAAAUCUCCAGCUAAAGCUGGUGAUGCUAAGAAGAAAUCAGCUUCCAAACCAAGAAACUACCAAUUAUCCGACGGAAUUUACAGAUUUUCACGAGCUCGUACAUACCAUAAGAAAGCAUUAUGGAAGUUUGUUGGUAAGAAAACACCACCAAAACCAAAAGAUAAGAAACCAUUAUUUGUUGAAAAACCAAUUGGUGGCGAAAAGAAUGGUGGAAAACGUUUGGUAUUAAUCAAGAAACGUCGUAAUUAUUAUCCAACUGCAGAUAAAAUUCAGAAACAUCCAACCAAAAAAUGUUUUAAUCAACAUAAACGUCAUUUACGACCAAGUUUAGAACCAGGAACUGUUGCCAUUUUAUUAGCUGGUGCACACAAAGGAAAACGUGUUGUUGUAUUAAAACAAUUGAAAUCUGGUUUAUUGUUGGUGACAGGACCAUUUUUAAUAAAUGCAUGUCCAUUACGUCGUAUCAAUCAAAUCUACGUUAUUGGUACACGUACCAAAAUUGAUAUUUCUGGUGUGAAAUUACCAUCAUAUUUGAAUGAUGCUUAUUUCAAACGUGACAAAAAGAAGCGAGUCAAGAAGGAGGAAGGUGAUAUAUUCUCAACUAAAAAAGAGACAUACAAACCAAGUGAAAAACGUAAAGUGGAUCAAAAAGCAGUAGACAAACAAAUUAUAGCUGCAAUAAAAAAGAAUCCAGAUCGUAAAUUAUUAUUCGCAUAUCUUGCAACAAUGUUUGGUUUAAGAUCGUCACAGUAUCCACAUCGAUUACAAUUCUAAAACAUUCAAAUUUAUUAAAUUUAAAAAAAUAAAAUUUAAAAAUAUUUUUACGUUUUAUAAAAUAGAAUUACGAAUGAAUUGUUUGACAAACUCUGAUGUAACAUAUUAAAGUUUAUUAAUAAAAAGCAAUUCAAUAUGAUUCAUUUUUAAGAUGUA